ACAGCCGUGGUCCCGGUGUGCAUCAAUGUUUUUAUCAAUGUAUCUCUCAGGCCCGUACAAAUUGAACUAAAUUGAACUAGAUCUUCAAGGGAAAUUCUUAACGUCUCCGUCAAUCACUUGCUACGGAACAAGAUGGCAGGCUGUGUAUUGCGCCUUGGGGUUGAAGGAAGGGACCCCAGGGAAACUCCAGCCGCGCUACUCUACGAAUAGAUAUGUACUGAAGCUGAACUGGGGUGCGCAUAUGCAUAGAUAACACCGAAUUAUAUCUGUAUCCACCCUCGCCGUCUCCCACAGCUCUCCUCCUUUCCUCCCAUCGACUAUGUCCAACACCCAUCAACGCCCCCUCUUUCGCGCCUACAACCCCCGCCCAACCUCUCCAUCCGAAGAAGAACUGAAAUCGACAGCAAUCAUGGGAAACAGCAGCAGUUCCCAGACCGCGAACCGCAAGAGUUCCACAGUCUGCCCAAGUCCAGCUCGUGCCCCCAGCCAAGCGGCAGAGACCAGCGUAGCCCCAACACCCAGCAGCAAAACAUGGGGUACAGGCAGCAGAAUCAGAAUGGAGGGCGCCAGCAACGUGGGUACAACCAGCAGCAGUAUAGCGGAAACCGGGCUCUGGAUGACAGGGACGACGAUCCGUGCUGUUAUGAUGGGGAGUUUUGCUCUGUUGGCACAGAUGGCCUUGUGCGGAUUCGUUCCAUGA